AGCGAUGUGCCUGCCGUGCCGGGUCGAAGUUUCGGACGUCUUCGUGCCACCUCUCGGUUCCGCUCGGGCUCCGUAGCGCCGAGCGGCCGUGCCGCGCAUGCGCAGCAGAGGGGUGGGGCGUAGCGCCGUUCCCGGAAGGGCCGCGCCGAGCCAUGCUGGCCCUCGCCGGCUUCCGUCAGAGGCUGGCGGCGCCGCUACGGGGCCGCGGCGGGGCCAUGCCCCGGAAGGUGCGGGCGGGACGGCCGGGACCGACGCCCAGCGCUUCAUGCCGACGGUCCCGACGCCCGUUUCUCUCUUUCAGGGAAAGGCGGCCGGGAAGGAGCCCGCCGAGCCCGGCGCCGCCGCGGGGCCGGUGUUGGCAGCGAGCGACGGCGGCGUCAGGGUGUCGGUGCGCGCCAAGCCCGGCUCCCGCUGCAGCGCCGUGACAGAUGUGACAGCCGAGGCGGUAGGUGUGGCUAUUGCUGCACCGCCCUCAGAAGGGGAGGCGAACGCGGAGCUGUGCCGCUACCUCUCCAAGGUGCUACAGGUGAAGAAGAGUGACGUUAUUUUAGAGAAGGGUGGUAAAUCCCGUGAUAAAGUGGUGAAGAUUUUGGUAUCGCUGACACCAGAUGAAGUAUUAGAAAAACUGAAAAAAGAAGCUUCCACUUGACCUAAAACAGGAGCGGAAAAUGGAACAAUGUUAUGCAUCUUGGUGAACAGAAUGAUGGCUUUUUCUUAUGUAAAUUGGUCCUUCUGGGAAUUUGGAUGCUGGCUGGGAAAAGAUAUGCUCCUCUGCCUCCCUCUUUCUUUGUUAAAGGGACUGGUGUAUAGCUGAACUGUUCGUGUAGGUUUGGUAGGAAAAGUGGUGUUUACUGAGACUCUGUGUCUGCUUCUGUCAGUAACACUUGUCCUCUUCCCUGUUCUCUCAGGGUUUCUGAAUGCAGCAAAAUUUGGUUCAUAAAGCAGAAGGCUUGGAGUGAUGGACUUCAAAGCAUCAGUACAACAUGAAGCUCAAAACAAUCGGUCUGCGUGGUACAGACCCUAGAAGUGUUCUCUUUAAUAUCUGGUGGCAGGUGUUGGGUGCAGCUCCACACUAUGCUAAAUAUGUAUAUCUAAAAUUAAUGUAUUUAAAGCUAAUAUAUAUACUGUGGUUGGUCAUCACACAGGCAAGCUAAAACCAGAAUUACUUGUGUAGCUGAAUCAAAAUCAGAACUUCACAGUACAAAAAAAAAAUGACCCAGAAUCUAAUAACUGCAUACAUUGUGGCACUUUGUAGUAGUCUGUAAUUAGUUACCUGAAAAGCAGAGCUAUAAUUGUGGUAGCUCUACAAAAUGUAUCUCAAAUGUAAUGACUUUUUAAUAAAAGGGCAAAAAAAUGUUA